AUGUCUUCUCUACACAAUAACAACAAUAGCUCCUCUUUGGAUCAAAAGUACUCGGGUGAUGAUAUAAUGAUUGAAAAUGUCUCCCAAGUUCAAGAAUUGUACACGCCUAUUCAACCGCCCAGCACUAGGUGGGCUCGUAUAAAGCAUAAAGUGACAACCAGGGAUGGCUGGAUCGGUGAUUAUGACUACCGUGCUCUCUGCAUGCCUCAUAUCCCUUUCUUCCAUCGCAAAGCAAACAGCUCUCCGUUUUAUGGUCCAGAUGAUGAAAUCCCAAUUCUGGUCACCAUUUUGAUGGGUCUCCAACAUUUCCUUGCUGUCAUUGGCGGCAUCAUCUCUCCUACCAUUAUGAUCUCUGGUGCAGGUAGCACCUUUCUCAACUUGGAUCAAGAUAUGCGUCAAUACAUGGUGUCUAGCUCUCUUAUUGUCUCGGGUUUGAUGAGUUUGGUACAGAUUGUGCGUAUUCCCAUCUACAAAACCCGUUACUUCAUUGGCGCUGGUUUACUCCAGAUCACUGGUGUAGCCUUUUCAAACAUGCCUGCUGCUCAGGCCAUCAUCGGAAACAUGUAUAAAAGCGGGGCUUGCCCAUCUGAAGUGCUGGAAGACGGCACCACCAACUACUUGCCUUGUCCCAAAGCCUUUGGUGCUGUUCUUGGCACUCAAAUGGUCUGCGCAUUAUUAUCCAUCUUUAUCAGUUUCUUACCUCCUCGUGUCAUUCGCAAACUCUUCCCCAAGAUCGUCAUGGGCAUUGUAUUGACGGUCAUCGGUACCUCCUUGUUGGCUUCCGGCAUGAAGAAUUGGGGUGGCGGUGCUGGCCCUUGUAUGAGUCGUCCUGCUACUGGCAUGUUUGUCAAUUGUCCCACUAUCAAUGCUCCCAAUGCUCAACCCUGGGGUGGCCCCGUCAAUUUUGCUCUCGGUGCCUCUGUGUUCUUUACCAUCAUUCUCAUUGAACUUGUUGGUUCUGUCUUCCUCAAGAACAUUUCAGUUGUCAUUGGCCUCUUGAUUGGCUGCAUCAUUGCUGCUGGUGUUGGCAUGUUUGAUAAAUCGGGUAUUGCUGCUGCUCCUGUUGGAACCUUUUUGUGGGUCAAGCACUUUGACUUUUCUGUUUAUGGUCCUGGCAUCAUUCCCUUCUUGUUUGUUCAGUUGGACAUGAUCAUUGAAUGUCUUGGUGAUUUGACUGCUGCAAGCGACGUGUCUGGUCUGCCCAUUGAGGGCAAGACAUUCGAAGAGAGAUGUCAAGGUGGCCUCUUGGCUGAUGGUCUUUCUGGCGUCUUCUCUGGCUUAGCCAACAGUAUGGGUGUGGUCACCUUCAGUCAGAAUAACGGCAUCAUUGCUGUUACCCGUUGUGCUAAUCGUCGUGCUGGCAUUGUCUGUGCUGCCAUCUUGAUCAUCUGUGGUAUCUUUAGCAAGAUCUCUGCUGCCUUCCUGGCUAUCCCUGCUCCAUUGAUUGGUGGCAUGACAGUCUACUUGUUUGCUUCCGUCGCUACUUCUGGUAUUCGUAUUCUCGGUUACCUUGACUGGACUCGCCGUGAUCGUGUCAUUGUUGCCUCCUCAUUGGCACUUGCUUUGGGUGUGUCUCUUGUCCCUACCUGGUUUGAUCAUGUCUUGCCUACCUUUGAAAACGAGGCACUCCAGGGCUUGAUGGAGGCUGUGGAUACUGUUGUGAGCACUGGCUACAUCAUUGCAGGUAUCAUGUCCAUCUUCCUCAACCUGGUCCUACCUUAUGAUAACGCAGAACAAGAAAAUGCUCUUGCUAAAGCCAAAAGAAUCGGCGGUGCUCAACGAGUUUUCAUGGCUGAAGGCGAUGAUGAAGAAAGCCGCGAAAGCAAGAAAGAACAGUUUCCUUAUAAAGACGAAGAGUCUUCCACUAUUUAA